AUGCGUCCUCUAUCGUUGAAGGGACACGAUCGUGCACUGACGCGCGUGCGCUUUAAUCGCGAGGGUGAUCUUCUCUUCUCGGCUGCGAAGAACAAAGCGCCGUGCGUGUGGUUCACGGAGAAUGGCGAACGAAUCGGCACUUACGAGGGACACAACGGAGUCGUCUGGGACUUGGACGUCAGCUGGGACACGAAAAGUAUGGCAACUGCUUCGGGAGACAACUCGGUGCGCCUUUGGGACACAGAGACGGGUAAAUGUCUUAACGCCGUCAACAUGCCGACGCCGGCCCGUUCUGUGAGCAUGUCGUGCUCGGGAAACCUCGUCGCCUACACUACAAUGAAGAUGACCAAGAAUUUGUCGACCCUCUGUGUGGUGGACAUUCGUGACCCCGAGCAAAUGUUACUAGAGAACAACAUGCCGAUGUUCCGCGCUCAACUCGACCAUGGAGCCGUUGCUAGUUUGUUUUCGCAUCUCGAUGACAAGGUGGUGAUCGGGAAUGAAGCCGGUGUCCUUUUACAAUACGAUGUUCGAAAUCCGGAUAUGCCGAUAAAUGCCAACGAGAAAACGCACAAGUACGCGAUCAACGACUUGCAAUUGUCGCCAUGUGGAGCGUUCAUCAUCGCGGCUUGUCGUGACAAAACGGCUUCACUCCUGGACGUAAACUCACUGGAUCAACUGAAACAAUAUCGAUCGGAAAGGCCCGUCAACUCGGCAUGCGUUUCACCGAUCCGGGAUCACAUCUGUUUGGGUGGAGGAGAGGACGCGAUGCAAGUCACACAAACCGCCGUGUCAGCCGGACAUUUCGAAGCAAAACUCUACCAUUUGGUGUUCGAAGAGGAGUUUGCACGUUUCAAGGGACAUUUCGGACCGAUUAACACAAUGGCUUUCCACCCAUCGGGUACGACUUUGGCUACUGGAGGAGAGGACGGUUACGUGAGGGUACAAGAAUUCGACGACGAUUAUCUCGAGUUUAAAUACGAUUUU